UCUUAGUUCCCUGAAAUGAAAUCAAUAAGCUUUUUGAUUGAUUCAGGGCGCCGCCCCCCUUCAACGAAUUAGAACCCAUUGAGGGGGGCCUCGGCCCGGGAAGGGGAGAGUGGCCGAGUGGUCAAAAGCGGCAGACUGUAAAUCUGUUGAAGUUUUUCUACGUAGGUUCGAAUCCUGCCUCUCCCACUUGGUUGUUGUAGACUUCAGAGAAGAGAAAAGAGGCAUUCGUCAGCGUAGGAAGGCCAACCGAGCGAAGCUCUUUCUUUUUUUUGGCCGUGCCGUGAAGUGAAAUUGUAUCGUAUGUUAGUUAGAGAGGUUGGCGAACUACUACGAUCUAUAGAUUUCCCAUCUAUAUCCAAUCCCAACGAGAAUAGAAGCGAGUCGCUUCCGGCCUGUCUUGUAGUCGUAGUCUUUUAGCUUAUGUAGUCGUCGGCCUUCCUACACGCAUGCGUCCGCCAGAAUGCCUCCUUGGUUCGGGACGAAGCCAAGCCGAUACAUACGAUAGGCGAAGGAAAGACCCCCAUUUCAUAGCGCCUGGGGAACGCAAGUUUGAUCGAGGAUUGGAGAGGAGAGGUGGAAGAAAGGGCUCGGGAUGGAUUUAGGAGUCUUUGUGCGAGCCGUAUGCGGUGAGAGUCGCACGUACGGUAACGAGGGGGGUUCGCGUCUAUACGUGUAGUGUGGUGCUUAGGCCUACCCACCCUAUUUGUUCCAUGAUCUAUGGGUCUACUGGAGCUACCCACUUCGAUCAAUUAGCCAAGAUUUUGACCGGAUACGAAAUCACUGGUGCUCGAUCUAGUGGUAUUUUUAUGGGGAUUCUAUUUAUCGCUGUAGGAUCCCUAUUCAAGAUCACUGCAGUUCCUUUUCGGGCGGCUGUAGGACGGCCGCCUAUAGGUGGUAGGGUAGGGUGGGUGGUACCGCUCUGCGGCCAAUCUUCCUAACCGCGCGCGGGCCGGGCUUAGAGCGCGUGAAACUCAUCACUACCUCGUAAGGGCGUUGAGACCAUAGCAUGUUACACGAAAGCGCCGCUUUCUCUGUAGUGUUGUCACACAGCUGCCCGCCUAGAAGAGCAACUCGCUCUGUAGUGUUGUCACACAAGAUAAGCACGCCGCCCGCCUGCUGGCCGGGCGAAUCGAAGUUAUCUUCCGGUCAACUGUCCACCCAGUCAAGUGCAAAAAACACAGUAGAAUCACGCAACGCACGCUGCUGGUGUGCUUCCUGCUCGCGAGGAAAGAAAGAAGAGCGACAGGGUUCAGUUCAGAUUUGACUGUUUGCAGCAUGGGAGCAGAUUCCCCAAAAAAUCCCUGGGAACAAUGAAAAAAAAAAGAUAUCUCGGUAACGAAAACUAUAGGGGGCUGUAUUGGCGAGAUCCAACGGUGAACAGCUGCCCAAAAGAAAAACCGCCUGGAAGUCCGAGGACCUUUAGUACUGUACUCUACCCCCGAACCAGCAGCCUUCGCGCCAAGCAAGACCGCCCUUGUCCCUUUCCUUUCUCCAUUCCGCCUCCUUCUUUGCUUUGUUCCAAUAGAGUCUAAGGCAAAGUGGUUCGUAUGCCUACUUUACCUACUUGACGAAAGGGAACGAACAACCUUUCAUUUCCGGGUUUAUGGAUUGGAUUCAGUCAGCCUCACGACAUAAUCAGAGUGAGGCUUUGGUUACCGGCAAACGCUUCUCCAAAGGCGACCCUCUCGAGUUUCCGGCUGUUUCCGUCAUUGAAGUAGCCUUUCGUCGCCCUACCAAACGAAAGAAGUCACUAUCAAACUGCUCGCCCUAUUGAAGUACCAAAGGUGCGCUCCGCCCGGUGACUAGGAAAUGGGUUUGCCCUUGAAUUGAAGUGAUGAGGUCGGAAAGAGGGAAGUAGGGCUCCUAUUGACUAAAGGUUGGUUCUUCGCUUUCCUUUAGAAUGAAAGUUGCUAUGAAGCCCCUCUCCUUACAGUCAAGUGGCUGAACGCCCCUACUACUUACUUUGUUUGAUUCAAAGAACAGCCCCCCCAACUAGUUGUAUGGGGUGGGGUGCUUGUGAAAAGCUGCUUUGGAUAUGAGUAAUUCCUAAAAAAAGGCAAAGUCCGGUAUUUGACGAAGAUCUUUCUAUCAAUAGAUAGGAAUGAGUGUUCGAUAUAGGGGAUAGGAUCCAUCUGCUCUUUAUCUCACAAUUUUUUUGUGAGAGAUCGAGAUUUUUUUUUCAUCGAAAACGAAGAAGGCCGAGGAUGGCCUACGGUGCGUCUUAUCUGAAGGGAACACGCUUUUUUGACCGCCGUGGUAUGAUUGCCGGGCCCUCUCCUCGUUCCGCCCUUCCUAUUGGGAUAGCAGCCUUCGGGCUUUGCCUGCCCUUUCGAAUCCAAAAUUCCGGCUCGGCCCGGGAAAGCGCUGGCAACAACUGAAAGGAAGGGGUCCAUGUAGCUGCUGUGUCCGCCCCCUUCUUAGUCAAUGGGGCACAGCAGGUUCGGCAUCUACUACAAAAGAGAGAAUCCACUUCAGAUAACCACGUCUCUGCUAGGCAGCGUGUGGAAUGGCCGAGAGCGGACCUUUUUGGAUAUAUAAUCCAAGUCGAGAGUAGAGUUACAGGAAAAGCCGUCUGAUGGAAAACGACUUUCACGUUCGGUUCAGAGAGCACUUUUUUCGUUGAGAAUUCCUCGUUCCCUUUCGUGUGAAUUCCCCAGCGGCGAAUUCAAAACUUGUGGGGCCCUAUCUAUUCCAUCUCUCGAGCCCCGAAGAAAACCCCCUACCCUUCGGACUCCAUAUAUCUUUUGACUCUAUAUAUGUGGGCACCUGAUAUCUAUGAGGGUUCACCCACCCCGGUUACAGCAUUCCUUUCUAUUGCGCCUAAAAUCUCUAUUUCUGCUAAUAUUUCACGUGUUUCUAUUUAUGGUUCUUAUGGAGCUACAUUGCAACAAAUCUUCUUUUUCUGCAGCAUUGCUUCUAUGAUCUUAGGAGCACUGGCCGCCAUGGCCCAAACGAAAGUAAAAAGACUUCUAGCUCAUAGUUCAAUUGGACAUGUAGGUUAUAUUCGUACUGGUUUCUCAUGUGGAACCAUAGAAGGAAUUCAAUCACUACUAAUUGGUAUCUUUAUUUAUGCAUCAACGACGAUAGAUGCAUUCGCCAUAGUUUUAGCAUUACGGCAAACCCGUGUCAAAUAUAUAGCUGAUUUGGGCGCUCUAGCCAAAACGAAUCCUAUUUUGGCUAUUACCUUCUCCAUUACUAUGUUCUCAUACGCAGGAAUACCCCCGUUAGCCGGCUUUUGUAGCAAAUUCUAUUUGUUCUUCGCCGCUUUGGGUUGUGGGGCUUACUUCCUAGCCCCAGUGGGAGUAGUGACUAGCGUUAUAGGUCGUUGGGCGGCCGGAAGGUUGCCACGAGUAAGUAAGUUUGGGGGACCGAAGGCAGUUCUCCGUGCACCGGACACGUAGCUUACCGAAUCAGUUGCGACACGGAUGGGAAUGCAUGCUACGAAAGAUAGGGUCGAGUCUGAUACAUCAACCGUCUACUCAAUAUCCUUGUACGAGUCCACAAUGACUACACGAGAUGAACCUUGGUUUGGUGAAUUGAAGUUGGCCUUAGGUCUAAUAGGACUCCCAGUUACUGCGCGCGAUCGUAUACUGAGGUGCUCCCCGCCGGUUGUUGGAACGACGCGAGCCGGGCCGGGUCUCGAUUCAGAAAGAUGAAGGGCCCAAAAGUCUAAAUAGGGGGUUACAAAUUCCCCAUCUCAUUGGGGGCGGAAAACGAAUCGACAUCUCGAUGUGAUACAGCCCUUUCGAUUUUAGUUGGGAAAGAACGGCGAAGUCCAUCCGAACCGUCCAAUGAAGAAUAAGAGGAGAGCAAAGCGCCAAUGGCGCGCGAAGCGCAUGCGGAACGGGCACGGAGAAAAAGAAGUGUGGAGGAGAAGCAGCCGAGCUCAUUCCCUUCGCUUCCUGGGCCCAAAGCAGUGCAGUCUUUCCUGGCCAAAUCAAGGAUUUGGGGCUUCUUGCUACGCUACAACACUAUAGAAAUCCAUUUUGAUUAGUAAUAUAUAUGAAUAGAAAGAUAGAUCCAUCCAUCUAUCCUAUCCGGUUUCGAUUUUGAUAUCUAAAAAAGAAUCGAUUUCAUUCAACCUUUGAUUCAAAGAACUGCGCUUAGCCCCCCCGCUCAUGAAACGGCUCUGCUGCAAUGGAUGGCAGAGGGUCCGUAGUACCCGAAGCACUGGAGUGAUCCAGUAGCCGGGAAGGGGCCUAGAAGUGCCUACUACUACACCACACUACACUUGGCUCUACACAUUUACAGAGCUAACCCCUGUCCAGUGCCUGGCAGAGCUAAGGGGGCUUCAAUCCUUACUCUUUAUCCCCAUCUUCGCCCAGGCUAACGGGGCCUUACUUAUUCAGGGGGGAGAGUGGAGCCUCGAAAAGCGCUGUUGAGAGGAAGAUCCUUGGCCCCUCUUCAUUCUCUACAGGGUUCCAAACCUUUCUUCAACAUAGGUGACAACGAGCCAGGCAGAGAUGGAAGAGAUCAAACACGGGAAUAAGAAGCAAGCUCGCCUUCCUUUUUGAUCAUUUUGAUAGAGGGGGAUGAAGAAAGUGGACAAAAGAGACUCGCAUUUCUCAUCGAACAAAUACAGGAAAAGAAUCAUAUUGAAAACGCUCCUAACCCAACCCCUUCCUUCGUAGAGCCCGUGUAUUGUAAGUGAUCCGAACCUGCCCGGAGCGAGCCUCCCAUAGAGGCAAGUGAAGUUGGUGAGCCGUAUGAUGGGCAACUAUCUCCUGCGGUUCGGAGAGGACUCAGCUGUUAGUUAGUACCCCCUUGGUUUCGGGGUGGACCUUUUCACUCUAUUUUAUUAUAUACGCUUAGCGAAAAGAAUGUUUUUUGAUACACCUAGGACAUGGAUUCUAUAUGAACCAAUGGAUCGUGACAAGUCGUUACUACUAGCAAUGACUUCCUCUUUCAUUACUUCAUUCUUUCCAUAUCCCUCUCCUUUGUUCUCAGUUACUCAUCAAAUGGCAC